GCCCUUGUCUGGACAACCCCAGUAUUGGAUUGUGACACUCUUUGGCGGUGUGUUGGAGACUGACAUAGUAUAAAUAAAUUACAGUAAUUAUUCAGAAUGCUUCCGUUAUCAUUGCUUAAGACAGCCCAGAACCACCCCAUGCUGGUGGAGUUGAAGAAUGGGGAGACGUACAACGGGCACCUGGUGAGCUGUGAUAACUGGAUGAACAUUAACCUGAGGGAGGUCAUCUGCACAUCCAGGGAUGGUGAUAAGUUCUGGAGGAUGCCGGAGUGUUACAUACGAGGCAGCACCAUCAAGUACCUGCGGAUCCCAGAUGAGAUCAUCGACAUGGUGAAAGAGGAGGUGGUGUCAAAGGGCAGGGGUCGCGGUGGCAUGCAGCAGAACAAGCAGCAGCAGCAGAAGGGCCGUGGGGCUGGAGGUGCAGGCAGAGGUGUGUUCGGUGGGCGUGGCCGAGGCAUGGCAGGUGCAGGUGCAGGUGGCCGAGGGCAACAGGAGAAGAAGCCUGGCAAGCCUCCAGGAGGAAAGAGCCAGCACUGAGAGGCCUAGCCUGUCCGCCUGUGUGUGCUGGAGUUCCCACACAGCAAUGUGAAGCACACUACCUGACUGUGUUCUACUUCAUGUCAAAGCUACAUCUUAGUUCUACUAAAUGGAAAUUAAUUUUUGUUUCAUCAAUAGCCCUGCAGGUUAGAAUAUGUUAACUAGUGUAUUUUUUCUGUUUUUUGGGGGAGGGGGGGGGGGGGGGGGGGGGUGAAGUAAAGUCUAAUUUAGGGGUUGGAAACCUGACCACAUUUUUAAUAAAGGCAUACAUCAGCAUAACAUUCUCAUUGUGCCUUUUAGUUUUCUAGGGGUUAUUUCCAUGAAGCUGAGCCCUUUAGUCUUCACAGCACUUACAAGUUCACUUGUGUGGCAGGUAAUAAGACUCCAUAUGCUGCCCAUAGGAUCUAUGUGGGAGUCUGGAUGUCGGGUUAUAUUACCUGAACUACAGGAAGGAAGUCAAAAGGAACUGAGCACAACGGUGCUGAUAAGCAUAAUGACUUUAACAGGAGUUCACCUGGCAAAGUAGUCAUUAAAUAGUGUUCACUUGAUUUUUUAUUUGUUUAUUUAUUUUUUUGGUAUUCUGUUGAUUUGCAAUCAUAAUAUUUAUUUUAGCUAUACUGUACAUGUACACACAUUGCAAUUAAAAAGAAAGUGGUAAUCAAAGUGAUAUGAAGUGGGGGUGGAAAUGCACCACAAAUGCAUGUGCGGGAUAUUAACCAGAGUGUGACAAUACCUGAAGUGAUGUUAUCUGGAGCUUAUCCCCACUGACUCCCAUUAUAUUCAUUUCAGUGUGGUGAAAAUAAGCAGAGUGAUAUUAAGCAAGCUUGACAUUCAUUGAACUUGGUGUUGCGGCAGGUCUGGAACACCAGUAAGGGAGAAUGUUGUGCUAAUAAUGGCUAGAGACUUCACUACAGCCUUGGGUCUUGUUCUAAUGAAUGUAUUCUGUCCUGGGGGCAUCACGUGAUGCUUGCAGUAAUGGACAGGCCAGUGCUCGGGUUCCGGGUCACUUUUCACCUGCAGAUAGAUUUGUACUGUGUCAGGUGUGUUUGUGUCUUCUAGUCUUGCCUGAAGUUACACUGCGAGUUAUUUUUAAAUCUUAUUUUUAGGCCCUAAACUGAAACUAGUACGCCCUAUUAUGGACAGAAUUGAAAGUUUAUCUAACGUCUAGAAAAGUCUGUUUCAUAUCGGUGCAUCUUUUAAGAAAAAAGGUGUUGAACUGUUUCUAGAAAUGAAAUGGACAAGACAUUUAGAUACAGUUCAUAAAGAUGAGUAGUUAUCCAAGGUGGCAAUUAUGUGUUUUUUUUGUUGUUGUUUUUUUUUACUUUUAAGGAAGUAGCCAUUCUUAUGUGUGGUGAUUACUCCUAGUUUUUGGUAGACAAUAUAUUUGAUUGUUUAGUCAGUUGAUAUAAAGACAGAAAUUUCCUGUGUUUACUUGGAAAAUGAAUCCAACUUUUUCCUUUUAUAGAAUGAUAAAGGCGUGCUAAGCAAGGAUUGCAUAAAUUGCAUUUAUUUGAAGCCUUGCUUGGCACUCCUUUUGUUGCCUAUGGGCAAAAUUAAGACUAUUGAUUAUCAUGCCACAUUAAAGCAGUGUAACCAGGGGUUCAGACACCAUUGUAUUGCUUCUACUUAGCUUUAAUAACCUAACUGUUCCCCGGUUUAUUGAGGUGAGAAUCUGUAAUGUAUUUAUUUUUUUAUGUUCAUGCAAUGGUUUUCAAAUACAACACUAUAAAUGAACCCCAGAGUUCUGAUCUACAACACAUGAAGUGAUUCCGUACCACGAACUGACAGCAACGUUCUCUGUAGCAUUGUCUUUGCAUCAUCUAAAAUAAAAAUAAAAAAAAAACUUAAGAUCGUCAACAGAAUUGAAGGGGAGCCAGUGAUGUUAUUGCUAGAGCUUAUGAAAGAUUUAAAUUGAAAACUGUCAGCCCUGUUUUUGUAAGGCCUUAAUUUAUAGAUUGGCAGAAAUAAUUAAACUUUGCCAUUUAAACAUUAAGCUAUAAAAUACCAGGACAAAACCUGAUUUUUCAGCAAGCCAUCAUUAAUAAAAGUGAUUAAACUAGAGGUGUAAUACUGUAUAACAUAGUGAUGUCUGGUUACAAACAUUCUCAAUAUGUUAAAAGCUGAAGUUGAGGAAAUGAAAUGGAAACAACUAGUUGCCCUAGUUAAGACCUCUUGUUUGUUGGUUGUUUGCUGCUGUGGUUCUGAUCGUGUGGAUGGUGAGGAUUCAGUUUGAACAUGCCUGCUUGGUAAACUGCUUCAGGAUGGGCAGAUAUAAAUGGUUUCUGUUGGAACCAGUGCAUGUUUACACCUAUUUCUUUGUUGAAACCACUGUUUAAGUUCACUCCCAUGAGUUGACAUAUGACUCACAUAUUCUGUGCACUUAGCUGGAGUAAAUAGGAACAUAUUUGCAUAAUAAAAUCCAGCAGUACAGAGGGAGCGGCUGUGUAGUUAGUUUUGUAUGUGUUACAGGAUAAAGAGUGUGCUUGUUUAAAUGACCCCUUUUGUAUUUCCAAAUCUAUUUGGUAACUAAACAAGAGUUUUGAUUUAUUUGUGAAAUAUGUUUGAUUUACAGACUUUGAUUGCCUGAUUUGGCAAAUAAGUACUACAAUAUUUGAUUUAUUAUACAGUAGUUCUUGUAAAUACAUUUUCAAGGAUUUUUGUUUUUUAAUUUAAUAAAUAUAUAAAAAUGACUGACUUGUGUGUGUCUGCUAUUGCC